CUCAGCUUAUAAGGGACUUUUUUUUUAUUGUGGCUGAUCUCAUCUAUAGGGCACAUUUCUCCCCCAAAACAUAUCUACAUGUUUUUGAGGUCCGGCGGAGCUUUUGUUAUAUUUUUCCCAAAUUUGAUCCAUAUCAAUUCCUGAGGAUUAUUGCUGGAUUUCUAUGAUUUUUGUGCAUUCCCCCCCAAUUUGUAAUCGACUCUUUUGGUUUUUUGUUAACAGUUAAGUUAUCUCAUCAUGAAGCUGACGGGGAUAUUUUUGUUACUGAUGCUUUGGACCUGUGAGGGUGCCAGAAUAGCAGAGAGCGGAGAGGACAACAGCGUGUACGACUUGUUCGAGCUGGUGCAAGUCCCCAAGAAGAACCACGGAGUGAAUCAGGUGAAAGGAGACGACCCGUACAGCCCCGCCUACAAGAUCCUCAACCCGGACCUGAUCCCCCCGGUCCCCGAGCGGGCCCUGCGGGACCUGAUCGACUCCAUCCACGCCGAGAGGGGCUUCCUCCUGUUGCUCAACUUCAAGCAAGCCAAGCGCACGCGGGGCAGCCUCCUGACCGUCGAAAAGAAGGACGGCUCCGGUCCGAUAUUUGAGAUCGUGUCCAAUGGCAAAGCCAACACGUUGGACAUUGUUUUCUCCACCGAGAAGAAGCAGCAUUUGGUCUCCAUCGAAGAUGCGGAUCUCGCGACGGGCCACUGGAAGAACAUCACGCUGUUCGUGCAGGAGGACCGGGCGCAGCUGUAUGCCGGAUGCGACGAGGUCAACAACGCCGAGCUGGACGCGCCGAUCCAGAGCAUCCUGACCCAGGAGACGCCUGACGGCGCGCGGCUCAGGAUCGGGAAAGGAGCCGUGAAGGACAAGUUCAUGGGGGUCCUUCAAAACGUCCGCUUUGUUUUUGGAACAAGCUUGGACGCCAUCCUCCGCAACAAAGGAUGUCAAAGCUCGCCAGAUUCGAUGAUGAUGGAGAAUCUUAAUGGCUCGUCCGCCAUCAGGACAGAGUACACUGGCCAUAAAACUAAAGAUCUGCAGAUGGUCUGCGGUUUCUCCUGUGAGGACCUCAUCAGCAUGUUCAAGGAGCUCAAAUGGCUUGGCGUGGUGGUCAAGGAGCUGUCCGUUGAGCUACGUAAACUGACAAAUGAAAACAAGCUGAUUAAGACGCGCAUCGGCAUCCACAGCGGCGUCUGCAUCCACAACGGCAUCGUGCACAAGAACAGAGACGAGUGGACCGUCGAUGACUGCACCGAGUGCACUUGUCAGAACUCUGCAACAGUGUGUCGCAAGAUCUCCUGUCCCCUGAUUCCCUGUGCCAACGCAACUGUACCGGACGGAGAGUGUUGCCCACGCUGUGGAACACCGAGCGACUACGCAGAGGACGGCUGGUCUCCGUGGUCUGAAUGGACCCAUUGUUCCGUGUCAUGUGGGCGGGGCAUCCAGCAGCGCGGACGCUCUUGCGACCGUAUCAAUAACAACUGCGAGGGCACCUCCGUGCAGACGCGGGACUGCUACCUCCAAGAGUGUGACAAGCGCUUCAAGCAGGAUGGCAGCUGGAGCCAUUGGUCGCCGUGGUCCUCAUGCUCCGUUACCUGCGGGGCAGGCGUCAUCACUCGAAUCCGUCUCUGCAAUUCCCCAACCCCCCAGCUCGGAGGCAAGGACUGUGUGGGAGAAGGUCGCCAAACAGAAAAGUGUCAAAAGUCUCCAUGCCCCAUCAAUGGCAACUGGGGUCCCUGGUCACCGUGGGAUACGUGCACCGUUACGUGUGGAGGCGGCGUGCAAACUCGUAAACGCCUGUGCAAUGACCCUGCGCCAAAUUUUAAUGGGAAAGAUUGUGUUGGAGACGGCAAAGAAACGCAAACAUGCAACAAGAAAACGUGUCCUAUUGACGGGUGCCUAUCAAACCCUUGUUUCGCUGGGGUCAAGUGCACGAGUUUUCCUGAUGGUUCCUGGAAGUGUGGAAAAUGCCCUCUUGGUUAUACCGGCAAUGGUGUCAAAUGCAAAGACCUCGACGAGUGCAAGGAGGUCCCCGAUGCUUGCUUCGAGUUUAACGGCGUACACCGCUGCGAGAACACGGAGCCCGGGUACAACUGUCUCCCCUGUCCGCCUCGUUACUCUGGACCUCAACCGUUUGGGAAAGGUGUGGAGCAGGCUGCUGCUACUAAACAGGUGUGCUCGCCCCGAAAUCCGUGCCUGGAUGGAAGCCACAACUGCAAUAAACACGCGCGCUGUAACUACCUCGGCCAUUUCUCGGAACCCAUGUUCCGAUGCGAGUGCAAGCCGGGCUACGCUGGCAACGGACACAUCUGCGGAGAGGACACCGAUCUGGAUGGUUGGCCCAAUGCUGACUUGGUUUGUGUGGAGAAUGCCACCUACCACUGCAAAAAGGACAACUGCCCCAACCUCCCCAACUCCGGCCAAGAAGAUUAUGACAACGACGGCAUUGGAGACGCUUGUGACAUUGACGAUGACAACGACGGCAUUCCUGAUGACAGGGACAACUGUCCGUUCACCUUCAACUCCAGGCAGUAUGACUACGACCGUGAUGACGUGGGCGAUCGCUGUGACAACUGCCCUUAUAAUAGCAACCCUGACCAAACAGACACGGACAACAACGGGGAGGGAGAUGCCUGCGCCGUGGACAUAGAUGGCGAUGGCAUACUGAAUGAAAAGGACAACUGUCCCUAUGUGUACAAUGUGGACCAGAGAGACACCGAUUUGGAUGGGGUGGGCGACAUGUGCGAUAACUGCCCUCUGGAACAUAAUCCUGAUCAGGUGGAUUCAGAUGACGACCGUGUGGGAGACAAGUGUGACAGCAACCAGGACAUUGAUGAGGACGGACACCAGAACAACCUGGACAACUGCCCGUACAUCCCCAACGCCAAUCAGGCCGAUCACGACAAGGACGGCAAGGGAGAUGCGUGUGACCACGAUGACGAUAAUGACGGCAUCCCCGACGACAAGGACAAUUGCAGACUGGCACAUAAUCCUGACCAGGUUGACUCCGAUGGCGACGGCCGUGGAGAUGCAUGCAAAGAUGACUUUGACCAAGACAACGUGCCUGACAUCUACGACGUGUGUCCGGAGAACUUUGACAUUAGCGAGACAGACUUCCGCAAAUUUCAGAUGGUUCCUCUCGACCCGAAGGGCACUUCCCAGAUUGAUCCAAAUUGGGUGGUGCGUCACCAGGGUAAAGAGCUCGUCCAAACCGUCAACUGUGACCCUGGAAUUGCCGUUGGAUAUCAUGAGUUCAAUGCGGUGGACUUCAGUGGGACCUUCUUCAUCAACACCGAGAGGGAUGACGACUACGCCGGCUUUGUGUUUGGUUAUCAGUCCAGCUCCAGGUUCUACGUGGUGAUGUGGAAGCAGAUCACUCAGACCUAUUGGUCCAAUAAACCUACCAAAGCCCAGGGCUAUUCUGGCUUGUCAAUCAAAGUGGUCAAUUCCACCACCGGCCCGGGAGAGCACCUCAGGAAUGCCCUGUGGCAUACCGGCAAUACCGCAGGACAGGUCCGCACUCUCUGGCAUGACCCCAAGAACGUCGGAUGGAAAGAUUACACGGCCUACAGAUGGCAUCUGAUCCACAGACCGAGAACGGGGCUUAUCAGGGUUGUGAUGUACGAAGGAAAGAAGAUCAUGGCAGAUUCCGGCAGCAUCUAUGACAAGACGUAUGCCGGGGGAAGGUUAGGUCUUUUUGUCUUCUCCCAGGAGAUGGUUUACUUCUCAGACCUCAAGUAUGAGUGCCGAGAUACAUAAACGCACGGCGCUGGAUGUUCUGAGGAAUGCACCUUUUAGUCGUACGAACAUUUCUUUUACUCUCUCGUAAAGUCCGAGGACCGAUUUAUCUCCACAACGCUUUCUUGUGCAAUGCGUGCACUCGUCGAGGGCGAGGGGCAUGCGGGCAGCCUUCGUGUAACGUGACGCCGGUUUUGGGCCAAAAAAACUAAAUGG